CGGGCGGGGCGCGCGCGGGGCUCGGGCUCGGGCUCGGCGGGCGGAAGCGGCGGCGGCAGCGGCAGGAGCGGCGGGAGCCGAGGCGGAGGCUCCGGACGCUGCCCCAGGACCCGGGACGCCGGACAGCCGCGCCCUGAGCGCUCAGCCCGAGGCGUCAUGGCCGAGUACGGGACCCUCCUGCAGGACCUGACCAACAACAUCACCCUCGAAGACCUGGAGCAGCUCAAGUCGGCUUGCAAGGAGGACAUCCCCAGCGAGAAGAGCGAGGAGAUCACCACAGGCAGUGCCUGGUUCAGCUUCCUGGAGAGCCACAACAAGCUGGACAAAGACAACCUCUCCUACAUCGAGCACAUCUUUGAGAUCUCCCGCCGCCCCGACCUGCUCACCAUGGUGGUGGACUACAGAACCCGUGUUCUGAAGAUCUCGGAGGAGGAGGAGCUGGACACCAAGCUGACCCGUAUCCCCAGUGCCAAGAAGUACAAAGACAUUAUCCGGCAGCCCUCCGAGGAGGAAAUCAUCAAACUGGCUCCGCCACCGAAGAAAGCCUGAGCGAGGGGAGGAGAGGAGGAAGGUCGGACCUUCAGCGGACCACUCCCUUCCCCCAGCCUCCAGGGGAGGGGCAAGGGCCACCCCCCAGUCUACCCACUUACUAACCUGGUCCUAACCCCCUUACUGUGCGCGUGUGUGUGCGUGUGCGCACGCUCUGUCUGUCUCUAUGUCUAGCUCAUCGAGUUCCUCCUCCUCGUGAGGGGGUGGGGGUCGGGCUGGGGGGGGCUUCGUUCCCCACUUCAGGGGGACGUGGGGGCUCUUUCUAUGCAAAUAGAAAUGGGCACAUUCCUCCUACUGCCCUUUCCUCUAUGGCUGAAGUGUGGGAGCAGAAAGGACCUGUAUUUUCCUACGCCGCGGAGCCGAGCUGGCGGUGAAGCGUGGGGCGAGGUGGGUGCGUCUAGUGACAAGCAGUGGGAGGGAAGGCGGUCACCCAGCCGCCACCUGGAAGGGGCAGAGAAAAGCCAGAGUUCCGCGUCUGUACCCUGUGCUGGACCGGCGGAGGGAUCUUUCCUAGAUGUUCCUUAGGCUGGGGGGCCUGGGCCCCAGCAGGUCCCUUUCUCCUCCCCUCCUGUGGGCCUAGGAUGGGUAUGAGCCAGGGAUCGAGCGAGGGAUCUAGUGAGAGGACCACAGGACCCUUCCGUGUCCCCGAAGUACGGACUCCACGGAGCAGCCAGCGCUAGUUACUCCCCCGCACCCCCAAGAGCCCACGCUGGGAGCAGGCCCCACCGCACCAGGCGCCAGGGGUGUGGGCCCUCUUCGCCACUCCUUUAUUCCUACUCAGACUGUUGCACACACGGACUCCAGACCUGGGGAGGUUGAGGAAUGAGCUCCUUAGGUCUUCACUCCCACCCUGCCCCACUCACAGGGUCCCCGCGUGGUCACCACAGGUGACCUUCCUUCUUUGGGGUCUGGAACACCCCCAGCAGGAAAGACAGGAAGAAGCUAAUUAUAGCCUUUCCCUUUGGACUGAACCCCCCAGUUCAGUCCAGGAGGGGACUUGCUAGCCCGUCUCCCUCGAUAUCCUGGCGUGUUGGGCUCGUGAAUGCCUCCUAGCCAAAUCGCUAGACCCCAGCCCCCUUCCUGUGCCAAGACGCUCUCCCCACCCUGACCGUGCUAACUGUGUGUACAUAUAUAUCUACAUAUAUGUAUAUUAAACCCGCACUGCCAUGUCUGCCCUUG